AUGGCAUACCCCUUCCAACUAGGUUUUCAAGAUGCUACCUCUCCUAUUAUAGAAGAACUUCUACACUUUCACGACCAUACAUUAAUAAUUGUAUUCCUAAUUAGCUCCCUAGUCCUCUAUAUCAUUUCCUUAAUACUGACAACCAAACUUACGCACACAAGCACAAUGGAUGCCCAAGAAGUAGAAACCAUCUGAACCAUUUUACCUGCUAUCAUCCUAAUUCUCAUCGCCCUGCCCUCCCUGCGAAUUCUUUAUAUAAUAGACGAGAUCAACAGCCCUUCCCUUACGGUAAAAACUAUGGGACAUCAAUGAUAUUGAAGUUACGAAUACACCGACUACGAAGAUCUGAAUUUUGACUCUUAUAUAAUCCCCACUCAAGAACUAAAACCCGGAGAACUCCGACUACUAGAAGUUGACAACCGAGUAGUUUUGCCGAUAGAGAUAACUAUUCGCAUACUAAUUUCAUCAGAAGACGUACUACACUCAUGAGCUGUCCCAUCCCUAGGCCUAAAAACUGACGCUAUCCCAGGCCGACUAAAUCAAACAACCCUAAUGGGUACACGGCCUGGAUUAUACUAUGGCCAAUGUUCAGAAAUCUGUGGCUCAAACCAUAGCUUCAUGCCCAUUGUCCUUGAACUAGUCCCACUAGUAUAUUUUGAAAAAUGAUCUGCAUCUAUACUGUAA